AUGAGAGACCGGUGGAGACGCUGCAUACAUCACCCGCGAGCGAGCCCGCCGGCCGCCUUCCGAGGGGAUCUGUCUGUCCAGCGGGGUCGCCCGCCUUCCGCCGCCUGCUGCUCUGGGCGCGGGGGCUUCCAGCGGGGACGCGCUCCGCUCAGUCCCCGGCCGGUGCACCUGCUCGCGGGCCGGGCCGAGCGCCGCCACCUGCAGGCGGUCACCGCACGGCCCCCGCGCCUCCCCGAGCCCUCCCGGGCUUUCCGCUCCGUCCUGCUCGCCCCAAAGAACCCAGUGGGGCGGCUCCGUGAAAAUCCCCGCUGCCCGCUUACCUGCCCGCCUGCUCGCUGCUGGGCGCCGGCGGAACCGCCCGACUCUCCCCCUCCCCGCCCACCCCCCCCGUUCGCGCCCAUCUGUCAAGGAACACCUGCGCCCGCGGGGACCGGGCUGCCCAAGAAUCCUCCGAGCCCCGGGACGGCGAGCGGGGCCCAAGCUCCACCCUCCGCGCACCCUCCACGCACUCCGAGCGCACCCUCCGCGCACCCUCAGCGCAUUCUCCCGGCAACCCCAGAGCAGCCCCAGCGCACCUUCGCGCACCUCCCUGAGCACCCUCCGCGCACUCUCCCGCGUGCCCCCAGCGCACCCUCCGGGCACCCCCCAACGCACCCUCCGCGCACUCCCCAGCGCACCCCCAGCGCACCCUCUGGGUACCCGCAGCACACCCUCCGCGCACCCUCCGAGCACCCCCCAGCGCAGCCCCCGAGCACCCUCCAAGCACCCCCCAGCGCACCCUCCGCUCAUCCUCCGAGCACCCCCCAGCGCAGUCCCCGAGCACCCUCCAAGCACCCCCCAGCGCACCCUCUGGGUACCCGCAGCACACCCUCCGCGCACCCUCCGAGCACCCCCCAGCGCAGCCCCCGAGCACCCUCCAAGCACCCCCCAGCGCACCCUCCGCUCAUCCUCCGAGCACCCCCCAGCGCAGUCCCCGAGCGCCCUCCAAGCACCCCCCAGCGCACCCUCCGGGUACCCCCAGCGCACACCCCGCGCACCCUCCGAGCACCCCCCAGCGCACCCUCCGAGCGCCCCCCAGCGCCCCCCAGCGCACCCUCCGGGCACCCCCAGCGCACACCCCGCGCACACCCCGCGCACCCUCCGAACACCCCCCAGCGCACCCCAGCGCACCCUCCGAGCGCUCCCCAGCGCACCCUCCGGGCACCCCCAGCGCACACCCCGCGCACCCUCCGAGCACCCCCCAGCGCACCCUCCGAGCGCACCCUCCGAGCGCACCCUCCGAGCGCCCCCCGAGCGCACCCUCCGGGCAUCCCCAGCGCACACCCCAGCGCACCCUCCGGGCACCCUCCGCGCACACCCCGCGCACCCUCCGAGCACCCCCCAGCGCACCCCAGCGCACCCUCCGAGCGCCCCCCAGCGCACCCUCCGGGCACCCCCAGCACACACCCCAGCGCACCCUCCGGGCACCCUCCGCGCACACCCCGCGCACCCUCCGAGCACCCCCCAGCGCACCCUCCGGGCACCCUCCGCGCACCCCCCUUGCACCCCGCUCCAGAGAAGCGCCGGGAGAAGCGCGGGCAGGGCCGGCCGGAGAGCCGACGAGGGGACGGGUCGCCUGCGGGCCGGGAGGACGCCGAGACAGCGGGGGCAGGUCGCCCGGAGCGCCCCGGAGCGCCCGCAGCACCCCGCCAGCCGCCUGCACCCCGAGCCCCGCUGCGGGGCGGACCCGGGCCACCGCGGGGCGCGCGCACGUUUCGGGGUCCCCGUCCCCGCUCUCGCCGGCCCUGGGCGCUUCCUCCCGCGUCCCCCCGAGGGUGCCCGGAACUCACCUCCGGGGGCUCCCGCCGGGCCCGCGCCCCGAGCCGCAGGACGGCGACCCCGCGAGCGCGCAGGCACCGCGGCUCCCGCUCCCGCUCCCGCUCCCGCUCCCGCCCCGCAGAGCAGCCCGCGGGCAGGAGACGCCCCCGCGGCCCGACUCCGCCCCGCGCGGCCACGUGA